AUGCGAUCAGACUUCAGUUGGAUGAUUCCAGUGGAAGUGAUGCUGGGUGCUCUGGACCAUGAAGAAGUCCAUUCAUGCAGCAUUUCAAAGGUUCCACCAAUGCUUCGAGCCCCCAACGAGGACGCUUACAAGCCAAAGCUGGUGUCCUUAGGACCCUGGCACAAGGGAGAAACACGCCAGCUUCUCCUAAUGGAAGAAGCAAAACUGCGCUACAUGCGCGACUUUCUUGAAAGAAGAGAAACUGGAACGGAUACAAGAACAUCAGAACUCAGGCUUCGCGAUUGCGCCGUUGACAUGAUCAGUAUGGACAAAGCGAUUACUGCCUGCUACAGCGGCGACACAGAGACGGAUUCCCAUGAGCUCUCCAGGAUAAUGAUUGUCGACGGUUGCUUCUUGUUGGAGCUUCUCAUAAGACUUGGUUAUUACAUGUCGAAGAAGAACAGCAAUAGACACAGCAAUGAUGAUGAUGAUAGCUAUCUGGGUGAUCCUCUCUUUGAAACAGAGGAGAAGGUAAGAUCUGUUCUCAACGACAUCGUGAUGCUCGAGAACCAAAUACCCUUGAUCGUUCUCAAGAAGUUGUACUACAAUGUCUUCCCUGAUGAAGACAUUGAAGUCAAAGAUGACCACCGCGUUGCCAACAUCGUGUUCGGUGCUUUCGGUUACACUCCGGUAAGAAUCUCUUCAGGUGCCGCUCACAUACUCCACCUCAUUCAUCUGGCCACGGUUGAAGAACGUGACCAGUUAGAGAAGAAGAGAGGGGUAAAAGCGUCUCAAGAGCUAAAGCGAUGCGCUACUAGGCUCCGGGCUUCCGGAAUAACCAUUCGAACCGCCGCAAAUAGCAAAGGCAACGGUAAAGUUCCGGAUCUGUUUGAAGAUAUUUUUGACUUCGACAUAAGAUUCAACGAAAAAGAUAAGGUGCUGGAAAUUCCGGCUCUUCGUAUCAAGGAAACGACGGAAGUGAGGUGGAGGAAUUUGGUUGCUUGGGAGCAGAGCAGGAUUUGGGUGAAAAGGAAGUACACUUCGUAUGCUUUUUUCUUCAAAGGUUUGAUAUGUUGCAAGCACGACAUUGAACUGCUUGAGAAGAAGGGAGUGAUAGUGAACGAUAGCAAGAAGAAAAAAGAAGAAUUGCUAAGUAUGUUUCGGAAAAUCUGCAAGGGUUCUGAACACAUGGAUCCAGGUUACGGCGGAAUUUGUGAGUGCUUGAACCAGUAUGAGGCGGAAUCUAGGAACGCGUUUCGUGGAUUGGGUAUAAGGAGUUGGCACAGGUGCAGGAAGGUUUUUGAAAUUCUUAUGUACUAUGUGUGGAAUUGGUAUGAUGCUUUGAUCCGUGAUCAUAUCCCUACAGUGUGGAAAUUCAUAGGAGUUGUGGCAGCUAUUGUCCUGCUUGUUCUUACCAUCAUGCAGACAUAUUAUUCAGCUCGUUCUAGUGGCUAG